AUGAAAAAAACGGGGAAAAGCGUGCGGCGCGGUUGCAGAAAGUGUGUGCGAGGUGCGGCGAAAAGGGGCGUGGUCAAUGAAUUGGAGGUUUUUUUCGCGUUUUUAGUGGUUUUUCAGUUUUGCCAGGAAUUUCAGCUAUUUUCAGAUGGCUACAACGAUAAACUUGAUCAAAAGUGAACCGCUUUCAAGUCAAAAACGAUGGGUUGUGGUUUAUCCGGCGUAUAUUGACAAAAAACUAUCGACAAAACAGGGACGACGAAUUUCCAAACUUUUGGUGAGUUUUUGGGGCUUUUUAGGUGAAAAAUGAACAUUUAAACAAAAUACACGAUUUCCAGGCCGUGGAGAAUCCGACUUCUGUGGAAAUUCACGAUGUUUUGGCGGCGAAUGGCAUGAAUCCACUUUUGGAGGUAAUUAUUGAUUUUUGUGUGCGAAAUGACAUUUGGAUGGAAUUUUCUAGGAUCUGAAGCUGAAAAUCUUGAAAAUCUCAAUCCAGAACCAAGUUUUUUGUGAAAAAUCAAUUUUCCCAUCCCAAACCCUCAAAUUUUUCCAGCGCAACAAAAUGUAUCCACGUUGCGGUGAUCGUGAGCCGGAAACGCAAGGAAGAGUUCGAGUUCAAAUCAAAAACGACGAUGGAAGUGCGAAAAAUGCGCAAUUUUCGUCAAGUUAGUGAAAAUUCAUCGAAAAUACUGAAUUUUUCAUGAAUUUUGGUGUAUUUCUAGUCAAAAAACGUCAAAUUCCAUUCCAGGAGACUCAAUCUACAAAUCGAUCGCUGAAAUGAUUCCAAAACUCAAAACUCGUCAACCCGGAUAUGUUGCUCCUUCGAAUUCUGGAAAUCCGUCUGGAAGUGGAGCGGCUGCAAAGAAGAAUAAGAAGAAGAAGUAA